AUGGAGAUUGCCCACCGGAACCGGGAGCCCUUCAGCAUCAUGUCCGGCCGGAAGCGCCCGCGCCCGCUGGAGAUCCUUCGCCAGCGGUUCCAGACUGAGCUCGUCGCGGUCCGUCGCCUCCUCGCCGAGGCGCACGCCGUGCUUCCCGCGUCGUCCCCGUCGGCUCCCCGCGUGCGCGUCCGCCAAGCCGAGGAGCCGCCAGCCAAGAAGAGGAAGGCGCCCCCUUCCGUCGUCCCCGUGAAGAAGAUGACGCCCAAGGAGAGGAACCAACUCUACGGGGACCUCACAACGCUAGCGAAGCAAUCUGAAUCUCAUGUGCUCCCUGCUCAUAUCUUGGAGCUGCUGAAGAAGCACAGCCGCCACGGCCUCUGCGACGAUUACAUCGAGAUCGAGAUGCACGCCGUCCAAGACUCGGCCCUCGUCGAGAUACAGAAGCAGCUGGACAAGUUCGUCCGAGAGAGCAAGAAUCCGUGGACGCAUCAUCAACACAAACAGAUGAUGGCCCAAGCAGAGGACGAAGACGUCGACAUCGUCGGCGGCGUCUCCCCUUUGCCGGUCAGGCCGACACCGGUGCAGCUCGUCGUCGAAGAGGACGAGUACGUGGACAUCUGCGGCGACGCCUCAUCGGUGAAGAAUCUUGGCCAAGGUGCAACCAUCAGCGGCAGCAGCGGUUCGGAUUCUGGUUCAUCUCACCAGAGUGUUGACAGUCGUCCAGCUCCGGCAGAGCGCGCCGCCAACACGCCUCCAACACGCGUCCUCAUCGCCCGUGCCAGCAAGAUUCUGGAAAGGCGGCGAAAGGAGGAGACGUCCCGGGCGAGGGAGAAGGCCCGUCAGGAGCUGCUGGAGACGGAGAGGACGGCAAUGCCGAAGGACACCCUAGACGAGGACGUGAAGGCGCUCGGCAUUGAUCAGUACAACACGGCCAGGCCGAACAACUUGUUGCGACAGAUGGGGCUCUUCCUCAAGCUUGACGACCACGACCUGAAGCAGCAGCAGCAGCAGCAGCAUCAAAGCUUCCAAGAAGAUUUAGAGGAAGGUGAGAUUCGGCUGUGA